UUGGCUCAUUUUCGCUGCUAGUACAGCCAUUCUCCUCAUCUGAAAAUGUACAAGAACUAUUAAAAUUUCUAUUUAAUUCCACAUUAUGACUAGAACUCGGUUUACUACUACAAGAACUAGAGUUCAGUUCAAUACAUUGACUAUUAUUAUUCAACAUUUGAUUGUCACAAGAUUGAAUUUGACUAUUAAUAUUAGAAUUUUCAUUUUAUUAUUAUUCUCAUAAAAUAUUGAAUUAUUAUAAGUAUAUGUCAUAUCAAUAAAAUCACUCUGCUUGUCAUUCUUAUAAAAUUUAUCUUUAAUAAAAAUAACAUUCCGAGCAACCAUAACAUUCUUUGGAUUAAGUGGGUCUGCAAGUCUAUAUCCUUUCCAAGUAUCACUAUACCCGACAAGAUAUACAUCUUACUUUUAGCAUCAAGCUUACGCCUUUUAUGUUUGGGAAGUAAUUAGUAUACAAUACAUCCAAAAACAUGUAAGUGACUAAGGUUCGGCCGAGACCCAGUCAACUUCUCCUCAGGUGUAAGACCAGACAAAGCUUUGGUAGGUGACCUAUUCUUUUAAAUAAAUAGCGGUCAUAACCGCUUCACCCCAAAAACGUCCUUCUAAGCCUGCCCCUAACAACAUGCAUCUGGCUUUCUCUAAAAGAGUCCUAUGGAGACCCUCUGAGACACCUUAUUGCUGUGAACAAUAAGUUACUGAUAUUUGAUGUAUAAUACCUUCCUUAUUCAAAAAGUUAGCAAAUUGAUGACUGCAAAAUUCACCUCCAUUAUCUGAACGUAGUAUUUUAAUAGAUAACCCCAACUGUUUUUCUAUUAGGCAUUUAAAAUUUACAAAUGACAUAAAUACCUCAGACUUCCUCUUGAUGAGGUAUCCAAAGGACUUUCUUGAGUAGUCAUCGGUGUAAGUCACCAGGUACUUUGCACCUCCCCAGCUUGCAAUUGGCAUGGAGCCGCAAACAUCAGUAUGAAUCAGCUGCAAUGGUGCAAUUGCACAAUGCACAGUCUCGGCAGGAAAAGAUUUUGCAACCAUCACACACAGUCUUCCAGAGAACUUACCUGAAAAUUAACACCGCAUGCUACACCAUUCGUAAGAGCUAACAUACCAGACUUACUUAAGUGGCCAAGCCUCCUGUGCCAUAUAUCAAAAGACACCUCAGCUACGUUAGCACUCUGUUCAUCUUGCAAUAACAACUGAAGAAUGCGCUACCAUAGAUGACACAUCACCAGCCUUCAACUUGUAAAUUCCAUUUACACUGGGGACUACUGCCAAUGGUUUGCCAGAACUUGCACUUUUACAAAAUAUAAGACAGCCCUCAUGUCCAAAUGUCACAUUAAAAUCCAUACCUACAACUCAACUUUUGUGUGGAAAAAGUUAUCAUUUCCAUGGACAGUAAGUUUUAGUGAAAUAGGUUCGUCUACAUUGUGUUGUUGUGUCCCGCUUGUCAGUGUUCACUGAGCCAGUCCGCCUUAGCUGGUCGGAGCACACGCACGCGCAACAAGGUCUUAGUGGAUUCCCGCCAGUUAGUAAUUAUAUCAUUUCAGUGAUGACAAUUGAUUCGGUAGACUGUAAUGCCGAUAAGAGUCCACGGGAAUAAAAGUAUCUACGAAAUGAUACAUCCAUAUGAUAGUAGCUGAGUCGUGGCAAGUCCGUUUCCUUCUGUGGGUCCUCCCGAUUUUGGUAAUCAUCGGUCUGUUGGCCAUACUGAGCUUCAUCGGACUACUGUUCGCUAUAAGGAUAUACGCCAGCUACACUUGGGGACGGUUCAAGGAAAGAACCAAGAUGGACGGCAAGACGGUAAUAGUCACCGGAUGUACCAGCGGCAUAGGCAAGGAGACGGCUAAGGAGCUGGCAAAGAGGGGCGCUAAAGUCAUCAUGGCCUGUCGGAAUAUAGAAGCCGCUGAAAAAAUCAAAAAUAAUAUAAUCGAAUCAACGAAGAACGAGAAGGUGUUCGUCAAAAAACUUGACCUAAGCUCGUUUAAAUCCAUCAGAGUGUUCGCAGAAGAAAUCAAGAGCACAGAAGACAAACUGGAAGUGCUCGUCCACAACGCCGGCUAUGCGGAGAUGUUCAGGAAGAAGAAGUCGGAAGACGACAUCGAACUAACUAUGGCGACGAACCACUAUGGCCCAUUCCUGCUGACCCAUCUCCUUAUAGAUCUGCUAAAGAAAAGCGCACCUUCCAGAAUCGUCGUCGUCGCAUCCUCCCUGUAUCGCUUGGCGUCUGUUAAUUUAGAAAACCCCAAUCCAGUCGACACUUUCCCAGCAUAUUUAUACUACGCCUCCAAGGAGGCGAAUAUACUGUUCACUAGAGAAUUGGCGCGAAGACUAGAAGGCACCGGUGUUACGGCUAACUGCCUGCACCCUGGACUCAUCGACAGCGGCAUUUGGCGGAACGUACCAGCGCCUAUUAGUUGGUUCCUGCUUCUCAUUAUUAAGUGCUUCUUCAAAACCCCGAGGGAAGGAUGUCAAACGACAGUCAUGUUGGCGGCCGACGAGAAAUUGGAAAUAGUAAGCGGGAAAUACUUCUCGGAUUGCGGCGAAAGCUCCGUGUCAAAUCGGGCCGGUGACAUGGGCAGAGCUAAGAAGUUGUGGGAGUUAUCAGAGACGAUGGUAAAAUUGGACGAGACCGAUCCGAAGAUAUAAGACCGAAGCAGCAGCUUUACAAACAUAAUAAUAUAUUUUUUGAAUAUUAUAGGUAUUGGGUUUGAUUCUUCUCAGUCUCUCUUUUUUCAAAAUCAGUCAAAAAUCUAAUACAAACACAUUAAGUGUAAUUUGAGUACUACAGCGGAAUUAUUUAGACACCGUAUAAUAAGCAGCGACCCUAAGGCCAAGUCAUUUGGGGGAAGACUGUCCAUACAUUCCAAACAGACAGCAAGUAUGGAUACUUUUAAAAAUUUCGUCUUAAGAAAUACAAUAUUUCUUUGUCAAAAGUUUCAGUUUUAUACCCAUUAACAGCUAGGUCCAUAAACUUUUGAUGUAAACAUGAUCUUAUAGAAUACAUACUCGAUCCUUAAUUUGUAUAAUAAAAUGAUAUAUUACUUUUCCAUGUUCAAGCAGCUUUUUUACCCUUAAAUGUAGUAGGUAUUAAGGUUAUUUAUGUAUAAAUUUUUAUCUUUAAUUUUUU